UGCUCCUUCCCCACAGGCAACUUCGAAGCCAGCUCAGCCUCGUGGUCAUUGCCCAGAUGCUGGACCAGCAAGAGACGCUCCCUCUCUGGCAAGAGAAGGCCCAGCUGUCUUCACUCAGCCAGCUGCUGAGCCUCAUGAGGCCAUCAUCCCUCAGGCAGUACCUGGGCUCUGAGACCUUGCCACCGUGCCAAGGGCAACAGCCAAAGGCCAGUGCUGAGCUCGACCACAAGGCCUGCUACCUGUGCCACAGCUUGCUGACGCUGGCCGGGGUGGUGGUCAGCUGCCAGGACAUUACUCCAGACCAGUGGGGAGAACUGCAGCUGCUCUGUAUGCAGUUGGACCGUCACAUCAGCACCCAUAUCCGGGAGAGCCCGCAGGCCAUGCACCGGACCAGACUCAAGGACCUAGCUGCCCAGACCUACAUCCGUUGGCAGGAGCUGCUGGCCCAUUGCCAGCCCCAGGCCCAGUACUUCAGCCCCUGGAAAGACUAAAGGAGCAGGGCACGGCUGCUGGUCCCCAGCUCUUGGCUCUGGCAGGAAGCAAACGGGCUUCAAGGAACAGGAGGGAGCGAAGAACAGAGGCCAGAGGAGGACUGGUGUGAUGAAGCAAGAGCCUGCCUCCCCCUGACCCCCACCAGGCAACGGAUGUGUCUCCCUGGCCCACCCCUCAGCCCUCCUUCCCUCCCGGUCCUCCCAGUCGUCUCCUCUGCCCCAAGGCCUUUGUAUCCACUCUCCGUUUUCCCGGGGCCUCCUGAGCCCUCCCAACCCUCCUUCCUCUCUGGCGCUAAUGCGAGCUUUCUUUGUGCACACUAAAGUCUUAUU